CUUCCCAGUACUGUUCACUAAAAUCUCCACCUCUCUCGCUCUCUCUCUACUCACAAUAUGGAUCCUCUCUCGGCGGUCCGCGACUACACGAUCCGAAACGAGCUGGACCGGAUCGUCCGGUACAACGACGAGUUCCGGUUCGGGUCGGACUACUCGUUCCCAUGCUCCAUCGAAACCGGGUACCGAUCGAAGCAAGGCAAUCUCUACACCUUAGAAACCCUACUGUUCUUCAUCAACAACCACCAACUCAAGCACAUCGAGUACAUACAGAAGGCUCGCACGCAGGGAGUCACCGCCGUCACUUUGCCGGACCGGAAACCCUUGCUCGAUUAUCUCACCGGAAAAGUCUCCUCCUCCGAUUCGGUUCAAUUAAACGACGUCGUUAACCUAAACCCCCAAAAGUUCCCCGAUUUACCCCUGAAUUCUUCGAUUAUUGCAUCCGAGCCAUUUCCCCCAAAUUUCUCCGAACAAAACAGCACCCAAUUGCCCGAACACGAAGUCGUCGAAUUCACGGCGGCGAUGGUGACCUCGAUGGAGCGGCCGUUGAAGGAUCGAGAGUCGUUGUUGGAGUGCAAGCAGAGGGAUUUCUACAGCGUUCUGGUGGCGUCGACGAAGCGAGAGGAGGAGCGGCAGCGAGUCGAGUCGCAGCAGAGGAAAGACGGGCUCGUCGCGAAGAAUCGGCUGAUGGGUUCGGAGGAAACUCGGUACGGCGUUGACGAGUCGAUGAAUUACGAUAACUCGAUGACGCCGAAGCCGAAGAUGAUGCAUUUGAUGAUGAAAGGGAGCAAGAUUGGCGAAGGGGUGCCGAUAAUUCUGGUGCCCAGUGCGUUCCAGACUUUGAUUACGAUUUACAAUGUGAAGGAGUUUUUGGAAGAUGGGGUUUUUAUACCUACGGAUGUGAAGGUGAAGCAGAUGAAGGGGGCGAAGCCGGACUGCGUGACGGUGCAGAAGAAGUUCAGUAGGGAUAGGGUGGUGACUGCUUAUGAGGUUAGGGAUAAGCCUUCCGGGCUUAAACCCGAGGAUUGGGAUCGUGUUGUGGCGGUUUUCGUGUUGGGGAAAGAGUGGCAGUUUAAGGAUUGGCCGUUUAAGGACCAUGUUGAGAUAUUCAAUAAGAUUUUAGGAUUUUUUAUGCGGUUUGAGGAUGAUAGUUUGGAGUCGGCGAAGACUGUGAAGCAGUGGAAUGUAAAGAUUAUCUCAAUUAGCAAGAAUAAGCGACACCAAGAUAGAACUGCAGCGUUGGAUGUGUGGGAAAAACUAGAAGACUUUGUUCGGUCACGAUCACAUUCUUGAUGUGCACCGACUUUUUAGAUAAGUUGUGUGAAUAUUUGUGACGUUUCUGAGAUUUUUAACCCUCGUACUCAACGCAACUUUGUAUUUAUUUGUUCUGGUAUUGGAAUAGAUUGAUUGCUUUUGCUAAAA